UUUACUAUUGGAAACAACGUUGGAAGUAAAGUAAGCACUGGGGACGAGGUUGGGUAGUGGGCUUCUCCUCACAAUGCUAGCUACCUUUAUAUUCUACGGUUCAUGCAAGCCAGCCAUCAGUCCUGCGCACGUCUCGGACAGAGAAACCGCCGACCAAUUACACCUGCAAGUGUGAUCCUAAACGUCGGGGACAUACAAAAACGACAAAGAUGAAGUCAGUCAUCCUGUUUGUCGCCGUUUUGGCCUUGACAUCUUUGACGACUGGGAUAGAGACUUGCCCAAAGUGGACAACAUUCAGUGAGACUAUGUACUCGGUAUGCCUGUCGUCGAAAACCUACAGUUGGGAUAUGGGCAUGAAAUACUGCUAUCAAGAUAUGGUUGGUUCCCAUCUGUGCACUCUGAAGGAGCUGGCGGCGCUGUACGAGUUGGGCGCCAGAGACAACCACUGGGGUCUGACCAAUGGUCACGACAGGGAUGCUAGAAUGUCGCCAUGCGGCGAUUACAAAGGCGCCGAAUGCUACAACAACGGUGCCCCCGAGCCUUACUUUCCCAACACCCCAAGACCUAAUUCGUGGGAUGAGGUCUACUGCUGUAAAUCCUGGAAGUAAAUUAUCUGUUGCCAUGGUAACAGUAUAGUUGCAACUUCCAAUCUUCAUCGGAGACGGAUCAUGAUCGCGAAGUCAAAUUGAAUUAAACAUUAAAAAACGGUGAAGGGUAUUUUAACUGAAUAUUUAACAGUUUGUUUACUUAACAUUUGCGGGUUUAAAAAAAAAAUCUUUUUGAUAGCAUUUUUUUUUUACUUUGGUGUAGUUAUUGUAAUAAAAUACGACGAAUAGGGAUUCGCAUUAUUUUGUGUUACAAGUGUAGACCCCUGAACUGGAUAUAUUUUACUCAAACUUUGACGGUGAAUAUUCCGGUGUUUAAUUCCAAAGGAGUUUGCUUUAUGUAAGUUUUGUGCUUGACUGAGAUUGCGGUGUUGGCUUCCCAAAAGAUCAGCAUCUGUUUUUUCCUUCAAAUCGCAAGACGUCGAAGCCACUGUCUUUUCAUAUCAUACAUCACCAAUCUUAGCUUAGUUGUAAUUGUUCUAUUACGCGGUUGAAAAAGGGGGGAAAGCAUCUCCUUUAAGAUGGCUUCCGUUAAAUUGACGUUUUGAUGUCAUAAGGUUAAAAGGGAAAGAGGUAAUUAAAAGAAUUCGAUUACAUUAGCAAAGAA